AUGUGACUUCAGAGCGCUCAACAUGGCGCGACUGCAAUUUAACUCGUGGCUGCUUCUAUUGAUCCUGGGAUUGGCAAGUGCACAGGCUCGCCUUAUCCACCCGCAGGAUGUGGAUUUGGUCCAGGUGGAGUCUAAAGGAUACCAACAAUUCUCAAAUAUUGAAACGCGUGCAGAUGAUAACAGUGAUUACAACUAUCGAUUGCCCAAUAAUACAGUGCCUGUGUCUUACAAUGUCGAACUGUGGACAGAAGUUCACACUGGCAAGCGUGAAUUCCAAGGCAAAGUCAUUAUCGAUCUGCAAGUGAUCGAAGCCACCAGUUCGAUUACCUUGCAUGCCCGGCAGACCGAAAACUUCAAAGCCUCGAUCAUUAGCAAGGAUACAGUUAACAGUAAUUCGAUUCCACUCACUGUGACUUAUGAAUCCAGACGUGAAUUUCUGCUCCUAACACCAACGAGUAGCACCAACAACUUUGCUGCGAACACCAAUUGGACAUUGACCAUCGAAUACACUGGCUUUUUACGCACUGAUCAAGGCGGUUUCUAUCUAUCCAGCUACACGGAUGAUGAAGGCGAAGUUCACUAUCUGGCCACCACCCAGUUUGAGAGCACAAAUGCCCGACACGCCUUCCCCUGCUAUGAUGAGCCCGCGAAACGUGCAAACUUCACGAUAACCUUGCAUCACAAUCCCAGCCACAAUGCCAUCAGCAACAUGCCGGUGGAUAAGGAAAAGUCGAAGGAUGGAGUGACAGUUUUUCAAACAACGCCGAGAAUGUCCACCUAUUUAAUUGCCUUCAUUGUAUCGGACUUUGAGUCAACCGGAGGCGAGUUGAAUGGUCUGCCCCAAAGGGUAUUUUCCCGAAAGGGCAAACAGGAUGAGCAGGAGUGGACCUUGUGGUCAGGUAUGGUGGUAGAGUCCAGUUUGGCCAAAUACUUCGGAGUGCCCUUUGCUCUGCCCAAGCUGGAUCAGGCUGGUAUUCCGGAUUUCUCAGCGGGCGCAAUGGAGAACUGGGGAUUGGCCACGUACCGUGAAAUGUACAUGUGGUGGACGAAGGAGAAGUCCACGGUUAAUCUCAAGACAAGCAUUGCCAACAUUAUUGGACACGAGUAUGCACACAUGUGGUUCGGUGAUUUGGUAUCUCUCAAAUGGUGGUCCUACCUUUGGCUGAAGGAAGGCUUUGCCACACUCUUCUCAUAUGAAUCCAAUGAUAUUGCUUUUCCCGAGUGGAACACCUAUCAGAUCUUCCAAGUCAACGACUACAACAGUGCUUUAAUUAAUGAUGCCGCCCCCACAGCCGUUCCAAUGACGCACUACGUCCAAACCCCAAAUGAGAUAUCGGGACGCUACAAUACAUUCUCUUAUGCCAAACCAGCUUGUGUGUUGUACAUGUUUAAGAAUGCUUGGACAGAUCGUGUAUUCCGUCACGGCCUUAACAAGUACCUGACCACUUAUCAAUAUAACUCGACCGACGAAUGGAACUUGUUCUCUUCGCUGCAGGAGUCAGCCAAUGAUCUGGGACACAAGCUACCUGCCACAAUUGACGACAUAUUCUCCAGCUGGUCCCACCAGUCCGGUUAUCCCCUGCUCACCGUGGAGCGUAAUUAUGAGACUGGCACAUUUACCGUCAAGCAACAGCGUUAUGUCAACGAUAACAGUACUGCAAAGGAAAGAACCUGGUUUGUGCCAAUCAACUUUGCGGUUUCCUCAAACUAUGAUUACCGCAACACCUCCGCCUCGCAUUACUUGCUCAAUGUUCCGCAGACUGUAGUGGAUAACGUUAAGAUUUCCAAAGAUGAUUGGUUAAUGCUGAACAAACAAUCCACCGGAUACUAUCGCAUAUUCUAUGAUGAGGAAAAUUAUCGUCUUAUAGCCCAAGGUCUGACAGAGGCGACUCACAAGUUCCAUCCCCGAAAUCGGGCUCAAUUGCUGGCCGAUGCCUAUCGCUUUGUGGAUGACGGACAUCUUAAUAUUGGCACGCUACUUCAUCUCAUGGCCUAUUUGAAGAACGAGGAUCAGUAUGCACCUUGGUCCUAUGGCAAUUCUAUAUUCUCCAUUUACGAUAGAUAUUUACGAGGCGAUGAACAGUACACUCAAUUCCGCGCAUUUGUUAUCGAACUGGUCGAGGGCAUUUUCCUAAAACUGGGUGUAAAUGAACAACCCGGCGAGCACUAUCUAAACAACUAUCUGCGUACGAUCACGGUUAGUCUGGCUUGCCAGGUGGGCAGUGAAGAGUGCUAUAAACAGUCGCAUAGAAAACUGCAACAGUUUGUCCAAAAUGGUAUUCCCAUUGAGCCCACGGUCAGGACACAGGCCCAUUGUGCCGGACUUCGUCAAGCCGAGGAUGUCACCUACAAUGCAUUCAUUGCGCUUCUCUUGAAUUCCAAUGUGGCAACGGAUCGCAGUUUAUACAUCUCUUCACUGGGCUGCUCGCAUAAUGCUGCACAACUUAAGAAAUUCAUUGAGAGCUCUAUCGAUAAAUCGAAUUCCCUAAGCUACGCGGAGCGCACAUCUCUGUUGAAUGCCGCUUACUCUCGAAGCGAGGAAGGUCUAACCGCAAGUCUGGAGUUCCUUGAAUCCAAUUGGAAGGCCUAUGCCGAACUCAGCACGACUACAGCCAAGCCACUGGACUCGGCACUCCGCGGCAUGUCCACUUAUAUUGUCAGUGAAGCUCAGAAGAAGCGGCAUGAAGCCCUAGUAAAAGAGAUCCAGACCAAUGGAGCUAACCAUGUCAAUAGCGAUCUAAGUUCUGAAAUCAACAGAAGGACAGACGCGAACUUUGAUUGGUUAAAGAAACAUCGUGAUCCAAUGAUAAACUGGAUACUCACCUAUCGCAGAAAUGGAAGCGCCUCACUCUCCGCCUCUCUAUUUACUAUAUUGGCAACCUUCAUGACUUUGCUUCUGUGCAAGUUAUAUUAAACUUAGACUUUCAUUUCUCCAAUGUAAAUAAAACGAAAUUCCUGAAUUCCAACUGUACGAUAAA